AUGUCAACAGGUUACGAACGUAUUGACUAAGAAACUCUAAGGAGAGAUGAUCAACUUAAUGGAUUAUUGUAGAGAAUUAGAGAAGAUGUGAUGAAUGGAUAUGUAGUAGAAGUUAAAACUAGAGCCAAUUCAUAUAAUCAAGUAAGGAAAUUGAUCAAAUUAGUUAGAAAGCAAUUCUAAGUAAAGUUCUAGAUUGUCAUCUAUGUGCAAUUCUAUAGUUAAAUAACCUAUCAUUUAAUAAAACGAAUAACACAAAGAUUUAGAAGAAAUUGCUAUAACAUCAUAAAGAGAUCAAUAAUAUAUGCCAAAUCAUUCUAAAAUACUUGGUAAUUCCCCUCCCAAAGUCAAAAGUGUAAUAUUAAAACCAGUUGUCUUAAAUUAAGAAUUAUCACCUUAAUAAACUUAUCAAUAAAUUUCGAUUAAAGAAGAACCAAAACCUACUAAAACCAUUUCCUAACAAUUAGAUGAAAUAGAAACGAAUGCAGAUACUGGUGAUUGUUAGAACUAUAUUAAAAUCUUGAAGACAAUUAACUCUUAGCUCUAACAGUCAAUGAAUGAAAGUGUUCAAGAUUGCAACCAUUUAUUCAGUUAGGCAAUUUAGACUGUUAGAACUAAGUGUCUAUUAACAAGAUUUUAUAAAUAAGUAGGUGAUUUCAAAAAUGCUAUUAAAUAGUUGAAAGCUAUAUAGAAAUAAUUCAAGAUUUUAGAACCAAAUUUAGUAGGAAAAAUUCUGAUUGAAUUAGGAAAGUUGCAUUUUCUUAAUCAAGCUUAUUAGAAUGCUCAAUCUUCUUAUUAUAUGGCUUUGUAACAUUAUGAAAAAUUGGAAUGGAAAUCUGAAAUAGCUCAUAUAUUACUUCUGAUGGCUAAAUUACAUGCUUGGACUAGUAAUUUAUUAUUUAUAUCUAGAAAAUUUUGAAUUAUCAAAAAAAUUAACAUAUGGUGCAAUAGCUAUUCUUAAAGAAUUCCUUCCAGAUGAUCAUGAAUCUAUAGCUGAAGCAUAUAUUGUAUUAGGAGAAUGCAAUUAUAUUUCUAAAAAUUCAGAUGAAGCUAUCGAAUUUUUAAUGAAGGCAGUUAAAAUUAAAUAUCAAAUAUACAAGGACUAUAAGCAUCUAAAAUUUGUUGAAGUAUUUAAUCUUUUAGGACUGACUUAUGGAUUAAUACCUGAUAUACAAUAAUCACUUAAUUAUUUUAUAUAAGCAUUACAAUGCUUUUAGUAAAUAUUCUAACUAAAUUAGAUAAAAUUGUGUCUAAAGAGCAUAAAUUCUUAAUAAUAUAUCUGUUAUCUAUCAAGCAUAAGGAGAUGUAGAUAAAGCUAGUAAAUGUCAUUUUAAAGCCAAAGAAAUCUACUCAACUUUCUUACCAAAUUAACAUAGUUAGAUGUAAAGAUUAAUUUUAAAUUAAACAUGUACAUCUCCUCCUAUGUGA